AUGAGUUCAUUUGGUGUUUAUUACUUGAGCAGUUUAAUAUUAUUCUUGGCUUUCUUAGGUUUGUUUGGUUUAAUUGGUGGUUGUUGUGGAUGGAUACAAGAUAAUGCUAAUAAUGGUGAUUCUUGUCCUGCUUGUGCUUGUUAUCCGUAUAGUUGUCUAUUUGUCAAUUGUAAUGAUUGCAAUGGAAGUAAUGAUUGUGGUAAAGCCGGUGGCGUUAUACUGAUAGUCAUGAUACUGAUAUUUGCUGUUAUUGGAAUAUUUGUUGGAUUGAUACUAACUGUUAUAAUUGUAAGAAAAGUAAUACGACGUCAUUCAAAUAAAUUAUGGUUAAGACAAGAAGCUAAAAAAUAUAUUGUCAAAGAUUUUCAAGGAAAAAUACAUGAAUUAGAGGAAACCAUAGUUCAACAGCGCGUUACAGUGUCAUCAAUACACAUUUAG